GGUCAAGACUUGAAGAGCUCGACCCGUUGACGUUUGCGGACUUUCAAUGGAUGCCCCUUCCCCGGUCCGGUCGAUUGUCGAAACCGCAUUGCAAUGUUCUCAUGGCACAACUGCUGGAUUACUUGCAUACUGCAGUACCAACUCCGUUGAUGGACAUCGGAGUAGAGGUUGUCGACCUUCACGACCUUCACGACUACAUUGCGAAGAUCGACCGCGAGUUCAAGACACAAUGGUACGACGACAUCGACGCACCAUUGUUAUAUGUACGCAUUCAGAUCGGAGAGGCGACCUGCAGUGCUUUGAUCGAUUGCGGAGCAUCUCGCAACUACAUGAGCCAGGACUUUACGGUACAUGCCAGGCUUGGCCCAUGCGUCCGGAGGAAGUCCAAGUCUACGCAAGUCACGUUGGCAGACGGUCACACGCACAAGUCAAUCGACCGGUGCAUUGAUGACGUUCCCGUGUCCUUUGCCCCUCAUACAAGUGAGGCGGUGUCCUUCGAUAUUUUGGACACCAAAUUCGACAUGAUCUUGGGCAUGUCAUGGCUGCGAAGUGAGGAUCACCUGGUGAACUUCUACCGCCGCAUCGUUCAUGUUCGUGAUCGGAACGGAGUACUAGUCCCAUGCACGGUGGCUCCUCCUCACCCUUUGAUCAGUUGCCACGUGGUGUCCGCCACAAGCAUGGGAGCUUCCAUCAUCAGAGACGACAUAGAGGAGAUGGGGGGGUGUUUUCUCCACGCCCUCCCGCCCCAUGACACUUCAUCGACGGACUCAUCUUCGGACCCACGCAUCACCGAACUUCUUGACGCCUACGGCGACGUGUUCGAAGGCCCGCACGGAGUAUUAUCGGAUCGGCCCAUCCGCCACGAGAUCAUCCUCGAGGACGGGGUUGUACCUCCGCGUGGUUGCAUCUACCGAAUGAGCGAGGAAGAGUUAAGUGUGCUGCGGGCACAACUCGACGACCUUCUGGAGAAAGGCUGGAUUCGGCCUAGCUCAUCGCCAUACGGUGCUCCUGUUCCCUUCGUCCGGAAGAAGAACAAGGAUUUGCGGUUGUGCAUCGAUUAUCGCAAGCGCAAUGGGCAAACGGUCAAAAAUGUCGGUCCUCUUCCACGCAUCGAUGACCUCCUCGAACGGCUGGGCGGUGCCAGGUUCUUCUCCGAGCUUGACCUCAAGUCGGGAUAUCACCAACCUGAGAUUCGGCAGGAGGACCGCUACAAGACCGCGUUUAAGACACGAUAUGGGCAUUUUGAAUGGCUGGUUAUGCCAUUUGGCCUUAUGAAUGUCCCGGCCACUUUCCAAGCGGCUAUGACAACGGAGUUCCGACACAUGCUGGAUCAAUUCGUACUUAUCUACCUCGAGGACAUCCUGGUGUACAGCCGGAGUUUGGACGAGCAUGUGGAACACCUGCGCACCGUUUUGGAGCGGCUAGGACAAGCCAAGUACAAAGCCAACUGCGACAAAUGCGAAUUCGCGCGGCAAGAGCUGGAGUACUUGGGACAUUAUGUGACGCCGCAAGGCAUCCGUCCGCUUGCGGACAAGAUCGAGGCCCUCCGCGUAUGGCCCGAGCCCACCAACACCACGGACGUCCGUUCAUUCAUGGGGUUGGUGGGCUACUAUCUGCGAUUCAUCACCGGGUACUCAAGGAUUGUUGCGCCUAUGACGAGAUUACAAUCGCGAAAGGUGCCAUUCCUAUUCGAUGACGAUGCACGCCGGUCAUUCCAAGCACUUAAGACGGCCAUGCUCAUGGCACCCGUCCUUAGCAUCUAUGACCCCACCCUGCCUACGAGAGCGACAACUGAUGCUUCCGGCUAUGGCAUUGGGGCAGUCUUGGAACAACACGACGGCGACGACUGGCACCCUGUGGAUUAUUUCAGCCACAAAGUGCCUCCCAUCAGUUCACUUGAUGAUGCAAGGAAGAAGGAGCUGCUCACAUUCGUGAUGGCUCUCAAGCGAUGGCGGCACUUCCUCCUUGGGCGUCUUAGGUUCACAUGGGUCACGGACAACAACCCAUUGACCUACUACAAGACGCAGGAUACGCUAUCUUCGGAUCACCCGUCGGUCAGCCACUAUCGCAUUGUCGACGGGUACUUGCUCCUCCACUCGAGCGGCAAGGACUUACUAUGUGUCCCACGAGACCGUCGUUUUCGGACUCGCAUUCUCGGCGAGUACCAUGACUCGCGACUCGCCGGCCAUUUCGGAGUCAACCGCACUAUUGCACGGCGUCGACAACGAUUUCGCUGGCCUGACCUCAUUACCGAUGUCACUCGGUACUGCGACUCUUGCGAAGUUUGCCGACGCAGCAAGCCCCGCAACCGCAAUCCCUACGGCGAGUUGCGCUCGAUGCCUAUCCCACGGGAACCCAGCCUCUCCAUUGCCAUGGAUGUCACCAGACCAUUUCCCCGCGAUCGCCUCGGGCACGACGACAUCCUCACGAUUGUGGACCUUUUGAGCCGUAUCUUCGUCGACCUUCUCCUCCCACGACCAGCCGACAUCGACGCUGCUUGCUCUCCCACUUCCGUCCGGAAGUGCAGGGAAUUGUUGGCUCAAGCCCGCACGAACAUGCAAAAGGCUCAAGCCCGCAUGCAGCAGCAAGCCAACAGGCGUCGCGUGCCAUGUCCCAUCCGCGUCGGUGAUCUGGUUUGGGUCUCUGUGGAAGAGUUUGCAUUGGAACAGGAUGUUUCACGCAAACUGCUUCCCAAGUGGUUUGGACCAUGGCCCGUAACAUCAGCCGCGGGCGAUGAGCCCAAUGGCCCUUCAUUUGUGAUCAACAUCCCCUCGCGUCUGAUGGUCCAUCCAGUCUUUCACGCCUCGAAGCUGGCAACAUAUACACCAGCUAAGAGCGACGACUUCCCGGGCCGACAAUCGCAGGACCCUCCAUCUAUGGAUGGUCAUCAGGAAGUUGACCGCGUCAUCACGGAUCGCAAGUGCGGCAGUAAGCCUCGAAAGUACAAAGUUACAUUUAAAGCAUGCGAUCCCGACGACACUCGAUGGAUUUCAGGAACAGAUUUGAAAGCAUCCGCACCGCUGAUCUACGCUCACUACGAGCGACAAAGGUUAGCUCAAGGAACUUCACGACCUGCCCCUCCCACCCGGACUAUGGUCCCUCCCUCAGACAGACAGCUUCGCCCUCGCAGGUAAGCUCCGUCUUUCAAGGAGGGGGGGGUGUGGCAUACUGCGUAGCCACACGGGCAUGCAGGGCCCGUCCCGCAUUCUCAGCCUAAAAGCCUAGAAAUA